AUGGAUACAGUAUCAGAUCGGUCAGACGGAGAUCAAAUCGGCGAAUGCUCCUUCUGCAAAGAAGUGGUCUGCGAAGAACGUCUGGGACAUUCUGAAGACCCCCAGAAGCUGUUCCAUACCACAUGCGCCAAGUGCUCUCUGUCAGACACCGGACCGGAUGCCUCUUUUUGCUCGGCCUGUCGUCAUCUGAGACUCCCUCACCUCAUCGGAUGUCUGCGUCUGGCUAUCGUUGACCCGGUAUACGUGCCAUUGGGCACUCUUGGGCAGCUGCGCGAUAAGCGCUGUCAGUUCUGUCAAUUCCUUGCGCGGACCCUGUCGACAUUUGCCCACCACGCGUUGCGCAAUGACGCACUGGAUGCUUAUUCAGUGGUGUUAUGGGCAUUCGAGGCGAGUCUCAAGGUAGGCUUGGAGGAUGGAGACGGCGAAGCACUGGUGGACACCAGCCUUCCAGUGUGGAUUCAAACCUGCAACCCCCAAGGGGAACCCGAGCUGGCUUCGGUAGGGUUCGAUCAGAGUGGCGCACCGUUUGAUAGACUCCCCGUGAUGACGGAGUAUGUCGACUGGAAGCAAGUCCGUCUGUGGAUCCGAGAGGACCUGUCUAGAACCGCAUCAGAAACCGACGACCCUUCUAGACCCAUAUCAGGUCUCAAGAUUAUCGACGUCCACCAGGACCGUGUGGUCAAAGCGACGGCAGACUGUGCAUAUCUCGCCUUAAGCUAUGUCUUCGGCACAGCGAACACAGUCGACGUGCCCGCGUCAGGCUUCUUCAACCGCCAAGCGCUGCCAUUGACGAUCCGCGACGCCAUCGUAGCCUGCGAGGCAAUAGGCAUGCGGUACCUCUGGAUCGACCAGCUCUGCAUCCAGCAAAGCGACGCAGUCGACAAACUCCAGCAAAUCAACCAGAUGGACCGAAUCUACCAAGGUGCAGUAUGCACACUAGUCGCCGUCGCCGCCGACAACGGCCACUACGGACUCCCAGGCGUGACCAAGCCUCGCUCCUGGACAUACCCAACCUGUCAAAUCGGCAACGCCGUCGUCUCCGGCCUCACUCCCUCGCCCUCGUGGUGCAUCCGCUACAGCAAGUGGUACACGCGGGGCUGGACUCUACAAGAAGCGCUCUUCUCCAACCGGUUCCUAGCAUUCGCCGACCACGGCGUCCACUAUGGCCGUCGCUACCCAGACGAUUUCGACUUUUCCUCCGAGCACUGCAGCGACCUCAGCAAUGAAGACUCCGUCGUCAUCCCCGCCCUCGGCGACUUCUGGACCACCCUGGACGACUACACCGGACGGGACCUCUCCUUCCCCUCCGACAUUCUGCGCGCUUUCACGGGGGUUCUCCGCUCCAUCCACGGCGACAACACCUACCACGGCCUGCCACCAUCAGAAAUCGACCGCGCCGUCCUCUGGACCCUAACCAGCAGGCAGCAAAAACCCCACCGCCACCGACCAGGCUACCCCUCCUGGUCAUGGACCUCCCACAACGGGCCCACAGCACACCCAUACCCAGUCGCCGCCCUAUCCAUCUGGGCGAUCCCCCGACCAGGGUCAUCCCCCACCAUCUGCCAGCCCGCUAGAGGCACCAAAUUCGACGAGAACGAAAAGGGCAUCCCGAUAUACAUGAUAGCUCCGAUCAUGGUAGCCUGGCUAACAGGCUGCAUCCGCGCUCCUUUCCCAGGGUCUUCAUCAUCUCCUCCCACAAUCAGCGCCGCAUCCCUCGACACUCUUGCAAAGCGGUGGCCCACCCACGACGCAUACUGGCAAGACGCUUUCGGCAACACCACCAUCGACAACCUCUUCACCCCCCAAGACCAGACAACAGCAUCGUCCCACCCCGGCCGCAUCCUCAUCCACGCCCAAACCCCCUCCUCCACCCCCUCCCCAUUCACAAUCAAUCGCCCCCAACACGCAAUAAAGCACCGCCCGAACCUCUUCCACAUCCGCUCCUCCCUUACCGGCACCUUCGCCGGCACGAUCCACAUCCCAACCUACAACGCCGACCCCAGCAUCCUCUCCAGAGCAGAGUUCAUCGCCCUAUCCAUCGACAAGAUCAACGACGAGGACUACGCCAUCGCCCGCGAAGAGAACUACCCCGGUGACGUCGGCCUCUUCAGUGGGGGGAAUGUUCUCGAAUCUGACCCUGUCAGCAGGGGACCACCCCCUCUAGCUGAUAUGCAAGCUGCACUGCCGAUCAACGUCAUGCUCGUUGUGCGGAGUGAGAGGGAGGGCGAGAGUGAGAGUAUGAGGGGAGCUAAUCUCGUGAGGAGAUUAGGCGUGGGGUAUAUCUUUUUGAGGGAGUGGGCGCAGGCUGGGCCGGUAGGGAGGGGAUUUGUUCUUGAAUAG